CAGAUCAUGAAGAACACAUAUUACACUAAAUUAUGUAAUUCAUAUAUUACAAAAUUUGUUUCUAAAUUUCUAAUUAAUUUUAAAAUUUUACGGGUGACUUGAAUUAAAAAUGAUUGUAUUGUGAUCAUAACUCAGUUACUGUUCAGUAGAUCAGAUUAGUCACCACUGGAACAUUGUGAAGGAUAAUUUUACAAUGUUUUCACCGGGAUUACCGGGAUUAUUUUGUGUCAAGAAGAAAAUGAAGGAAAAAUUGUAUAUCGAAAUCCUUGGCGAAGGAGCAUUUGGCAUCGUUUUGAAAUCAAUUGAAACGUUCGGAAAUGAAAUCGCAGAAAAAUUCAUAUUUCCAUCGGGAAACCAAGAAAGGGAAAAACUCCUUCGUGAAGGUGCUAUCACGAAACGGUUAGGAAAACACGAAAACAUCGUUCGAAUAUUUACAAUGGAGGAGAAAAAUCUGAAAUGUGAAGACAUUGAAAUAAUUUUCAAGAACUUGUCACACCUAAAAGAAGCUCAAGCGUUAAAGUUGAUGUAUUUGGACAGACUCAAAUCGAACCUUACCUUACCCUCAAUCCGAAUUGAGAUGGAACUUUGCGGAGAAAAUUUACGAAAUUGGCUAAAUGAAAAACAUAAUGGGAAACAAUUAAACGUCCAAACACUCCAGAAAACUAUAGUACAAAAUUUGUCCACUGGCCUGAAAUAUUUGCACGAUAGCAAAAUUAUUCAUAGAGAUUUAAAACCUGAAAACGUCAUGUUUUCGAAGAGAAAGUAUAAACCACCCGUUAAAAUAGGGGAUUUUGGACUUUCCCGCACCCUCCAUUCCGACCAGAGUCAGACUGGCAAUCUUACCAGCAAUGUGGGAACGGCGACGUAUAUGGCACCCGAAACACGGUAUCGAGACUAUUCCUACCAAGCUGAUUUGUACUCGCUAGGCCUAAUAAUUUGGGAAGUGUCGCAAUUAAUUGGGAGGAAAGAAAGUGGUGAAUUUUUUGAUAGAUUAGUAAACGAUAAGGAAGAAAAGUUAGUUAACGAGCAUCCAAUUAUGUCUGGAAUUAGAGAUAUAAUUAUCGGAUUGACAAGGAGAAAGGUGGCGGAACGUAUCGGAUUUGUCUCAGUGUUGACGGUUUUUCAAAAGUGGGAUAACCAGCUUGGAACUUUGCAUCCUUUAGUUCUACAUGACUGCACAAAUUUUGAAAAUCUAACGGCUGACCAACAAAAUGACAUUUUUAAUUCUAAUCUUUUACUUCUUCAAGGUCAGAGUUGCCCGUUUUCUCAAUUAAUGGAUGUAUAUGAAGCCAAAAAUGUGAUAGGGAAACAAGAGUUGGUUCAAAUCCGGGAAAACGGGUUUAUUGAAAUUGGCCUAAGACCCAAUCGUAAAUUGGGUCUUAGGUUUGAUAUUUGUUUGGUUAUUGUUGGUUUUUGUUUUUGUUUAUUGUUGUUUUUGGUUUUAUUGAUAUUGGAAUUUUUUAGAAAUACAUAAAUAUUGCUCUGAGGCUAAUACUAGUACAUUUAUGUAUAUUAAUGCGUGUGAGCUGAUUUUUAUGCAUGCCAGUAAAGUGAGGUGUUCAGCGAAUACAUAUGUCUGACACAUUUGAGUCACUACUA